AUGUCCAAGGUAAUAAGUACGUCAGCGCUUAAGAAGGUAAGCUUUAUAGAGCCCCCAAUCAUAGUUGACUCGAUAUCGUCGUUGAAUUCUAGCAAAUCGGCUAAUAAACUCUUUGGAAGACUUUCAUCAGCUCGCCUAAUUAAUAGAAUAAGAAUAGAACCGUUAAUCGAGAAGUCAGAUACUGAUUUCAACUCACCAAGAUCACUGCCUACAACUUUAUUUCCACGUAAAUCAAUCAGUGAAGAGGUGAGCAACGACCCAAAGACUGCUGCAUGGUUGAAACCAGUAAAAAUAUGGUGGAAAAUAGGUAAAUUUCUUCUCCACAACUACAGAGCAGGUUUUACAAACACAUAUAGAGUGUUCCGCGAUACUCGUACUCUCCCAACUGAUCUCGAAACGCAGCUGUUCAGAAAAAUUGAAUAUCACGAAAUUGAAUCUCGUCUUAACACCACUGCUUUACCACUAGAUAUAGGUAUAAGUAGACGGCAAUUACAGGAAUGGAAACGAAGAAACAUGAUAUGGAAACUCCCCACUUUUGGACUUUUAGUUUUACUUUUGGAAGAAUUAGCCAUAGUUUUUAUUCAUUUCUGGCCAAACUUUUCUCCAUGGAACUGCUUAAUACCUAGUGUAUAUAAGAAAGUAUCAGAUCGCAGGGCGGAGAGAUUAAAAGUAUCAUCAUCUAUAACUGGGGAGGAUCUGAACUAUAAAUCCGUAUUCGCAAUACCACAUAAAGAAGCGCUGCAAUAUGCUGCGAGAAUGGGUUUAGUACCAGUCUGGAAGUCAUUGAUCUACACCUGGUCCGGGAAUACGAAAUUCUCGGCUGAAAUACUGAGGAAAUGGCACCAAUACCUAUUUGUAGACAACUGGUUUAUUCUGCGUGAGCUGUUCUCAGCUGAAAACAGAGAUGUUGUUAUCAAUGACAGGGAGCUCGUCAAUAUGAUAUUGGAGAGGCAGCUUUUCACCAAGGGAGAAGACCUGAACGCAAUGGUUCAAUCUAACGACGGCCAGCUCGUGAUGUUGAUGAGACUGAUCAUUUACUUAAGUUGGCAGUUCAACAACACUGUAACGGUAGGCGGUCCCAAACUCUAUAAUGAAAAAUGGGGCGUUAACAAUGUUGGAAUUAUGAAUUUUCCUGGAUCCACCAGACUUGUCAAUAUUCAGGAAGCGGGAAAUAUCCAACAAAUAGAAAAAUACUGA